AUGAAAAAUUUGUAUCUUGAAGGUAAGUUAUCAGAAAGUAAACGCAAAGCUAAAUUCCUAGAGAAUCUUUUGCUUUCUAUUGAAGAUAUGGACUCAACCCUACGUUAUGUUGGAUUGCUUUUCCUACCGGUUGUCCGUUCCUUCCACAUUUUCCUUUUUGUGAUCAAUCUACAACACCCAGAGUUUGUAAUCACUAACAACAUCAAAUUUGAUGAUCCUAUUGAUGUCAGAUAUGGUCAAUUGCUCCAGAUCAUCAAAACGUACAUACUUGAUUACUUAAGAUCUCAGAAUCAUCCAAAAACUAAGAUGUUUUCACAUGUGAUGCCACAUAGACUAGAAAUGCCUUGGAGUACAAUAAACAACCACAUUGAUUGUGGUGUGUUCACAAUGCGUUACAUGGAAACAUAUAUGAGUGGAAGUAUGAAUGAGUUUAAAGUUGGAUUCAAGAACGAGUUUCCUGCACAAGAUGAUCAACUUGCUAAGUUGAGGACAAAAUAUUUAUACAAAAUCAUCACUCAUGAAUAUAAUGUGCAUAAGGAUUCUGUGCUUCAAAAGGUUGAUCAAUUCCACAAGAUUCCUUCAAGACAACGCUCUGAACUGGUGAGUAUUAUUGCAAAGGAACAAAUUCACACAAGAUUGGAUGAUUUUAGUUAA